AUGUCAGCGCCACUUCAGAUAGUCAAUGACAAGCAAUUGAAUACACGUUCUAAUGCUAAUGUUCAUACCCCUGUGAAGCAGCAUCAUGCGAAGCGUCCGGAUCUGGAAAGAGGUCAUCACGAUCAUAACCGUCAGCCACCGCAGAAGAAGAAGAAAGAGAAGCUCUCAGCUUUGUGCAAGACGCCGCCUUCAUUAAUUAAGACGAAAGGGCGGGAUUAUCAUAGGGGGAUGUUUUUGGGUGAGGGUGGGUUUGCUCGUUGUUUCCAGAUGAAGGAUGAUAGUGGGAAGAUAUUUGCGGCCAAGACGGUGGCCAAGAUUUCUAUCAAGUCGGAGAAGACGAGGAAGAAGUUGCUUUCUGAGAUCCAGAUUCACAAGUCUAUGCGGCAUCCGAAUAUUGUCCAGUUUACAGAUUGUUUUGAGGAUGACACCAAUGUGUAUAUACUUUUGGAGAUUUGUCCCAAUGGUUCUUUGAUGGAUUUAUUAAAACAGCGCAAGCAGCUCACCGAGCCUGAGGUUCGGUUCUUCACGACGCAGAUCGUGGGGGCUAUAAAAUACAUGCAUAGCAGGCGUAUUAUCCACAGGGAUUUGAAAUUGGGGAACAUCUUUUUCGACAAGCAUUUCAACUUGAAAAUAGGUGAUUUUGGUUUGGCAGCUGUUUUGGCAAACGACAGAGAACGCAAAUAUACCAUUUGCGGCACUCCAAACUAUAUUGCCCCGGAGGUACUUACAGGCAAGCACACAGGACACUCUUUUGAAGUCGAUGUAUGGUCCAUUGGGGUGAUGAUAUAUGCUUUGUUGAUCGGCAAGCCGCCAUUUCAGGCGAAGGAAGUGAAUACGAUAUACGAAAGAAUUAAAGUGUGCGAUUUUAAUUUCCCCAGGGACAAGCCCAUCUCUUCGGAGGCUAAAGUAUUGAUCAAAGAUAUUUUGUCCUUGGAUCCUUUAGAACGGCCGUCGUUGACUGAGAUUAUGGAAUACGUAUGGUUUAGAAAUGUGUUUCCCAUGAGAAUAAACGGAGAUGUCUUAAACUUUGUGCCUGAAUAUCACGAUUUAGACUUGCAAGAAUCUUUGAUUAACUUUAAAAGCUGUAUGGCAAAAUGUGGCUUGUUAAGCCCAUCCGCUGCCGCUGCCGCAGCAGCAGUAAUGACUGGAACAUCAAUCGAACCAGCAUCUGGCAGAUCGUCUGCUGCCACAGUCGCCGCACUAGUAGGCAGAGGCGGCAGCGUCGGCGGCGGGGCAACCACCACGACCACAACCACGACCAACAAUGACCACUUUAUCCAAUUCACAAAGAAUGGGAAUAAUAAAGAAUCACCAGGAGGCGAAUCCAACAAGGCCGUACUACCCCAUUCUUUAUCCCCAGGCGGCACCAGAUACAAGUAUAAAGAGAUUGUGGAUGUGGAAACACAGAGGAAACUUAACGACCUGGCACGCGAAGCGCGCAUCAGGCGAGCACAGCAAUCAGUGCUCAAACAAUCGCUAGUGGCUAGUUCCACGAAUUUUAUCAAAUCAGAAAUCUCCCUCCGAAUCUUGGCCAGCGAAUGCCACAUGACUUUGAACGGACUACUGGAGGCCGAGGCCCAAAAGAGGAUGGGCGGGUUACCAAAGUCGCGGUUACCAGAAGUACAACACCCGAUCGUAGUGACCAAGUGGGUAGAUUACUCGAACAAACACGGGUUUGCUUAUCAGCUAUCCACCGAUGACAUUGGCGUUUUAUUUAACAACGGUACCACAGUGCUAAAAUUAGCCGACGCUGAAGAGUUUUGGUACAUUAGCUACGACGAUAGAGAAGGCUGGGUCGCAAACCACUACAGUCUAGUUGAAAAACCGAAAGAGUUGAACAGACAUUUGGAAGUUGUAGAUUUCUUUUCCAACUACAUGAAUUCCAACUUGAGCAGAAUCUCAACCUUUAUUCGUGAAUCAUAUCACAAGGACGAUGUAUUUCUACGGAGGUUCACCCGUUACAAGCAGUUUGUCAUGUUUGAGUUGAGCGACGGCACUUUCCAAUUCAAUUUCAAAGACCAUCACAAAUUCGCAAUCUCACAAAGCGGCAAGUUAACAACCUACAUAUCGCCAGACAGACAGAGUUUCACUUAUCCAACCGUAGGAAUUUUGAAAGCUGAAAAGGUCCCUGGCCAUCCAGAAAUCGGCUUCAUGGAAAAGUUUGUUAUGAUGAAGGAAGGUUUAAAACAAAAAUCGGCCAUUGUUUCAGUAGCACAACAGUAG